GCUUCCGUACAUAAGCUGCCGUUUUGUUGACAUUUUUUCUCCAUCAGGUGACAAGUUAGCUGGGCAGUUUCUGAACAGCUUAGUACAACCAAACCCACAUCAUGACGUUAUUCUGCUGACGCUGGCAUUCAGCUUUCACAAAACCAGACACAUUUUUGGGAACAAGCAGCUCAAGAUGUAUUUUUAACCCGCUGUUACCCGAGAGAGAGAGAAAGAGAGAAGCUACAUCGGACGUUAGCUUUCCGUUAGCCUGCCGAGUUACAGCGAGAAGCUAACGAGCUACAUUAGCCGAUGUAAAGUGAACCAUGGAGGGGAUUCUGUACAAAUGGACGAAUUACAUGACAGGCUGGCAGCCCCGCUGGUUCGUCUUAGAGAACGGAGUCAUCUCGUACUAUGACAGCGAGGACGACGUCGGGAAAGGAAGCAAAGGAUCCAUCAAGAUGUCUGUGUGUGACAUUAAAGUCCAUCCGACAGAUCUGACGCGUCUAGAGUUGAUAAUCCCCGGCGAGCAGCAUUUCUACGUCCGAGCCGUGAACGCCGCGGAGAGACAGAGGUGGCUGGUGGCUCUGGGCUCAUCUAAAGCAGGAACACUAGACAGUCACAAACAAAAAGGUCCAGACUGUCUGAAGACGAAGAUGUCUGAACUUCGUCUGUACUGUGACCUUCUGGUCCAGCAGGUCCAAACGAUCCAAUCACAGAACCCCGAAGACACAGAGACCCCGCCCACAUCCGAAGCCUCUCUCCUCAGUGCGACCUGUGCGACCUUCAUCAGGACUUUGGAGGAGUGUAUGACGCUGGCCAAUCAGAGUUUGACCCCUGACCUACGACCUCCUGAGAGGAUGAAGAGAUCCAUCAGUCACCCUGGAACAUACAGCUUUGACAGGUCAGGUGUGCUUAAAGAGUACGUGAGUGGAGGUCAAAGAUCAACUCAGCGCAGGAACCGGACCUGCUCAGACAGCUCAGUUUAUGAUACUGAACGUGUGCUGCCGGGUCUCAACGGCGACUCGUCCUCCAUCCCCGAGGAGAGAGGAGGCAACGCGAGCCCGAAGACGACACCCACCGACACAGACACCGACCUGUCCAUCUGAAGACCCAACGUCCAGCCGAACCCUGAACCCCCGCUGACGUCUGGGGGAGAAGUCAAGAACACGACGAGAUUGAUAUCAGCGACCGCGUCCCGGCCGACGUCGUCUUCAUCAGACCGAGGACGAGUUGGCUAACAGCUGACUUCCGUUAAGAACGUCCUUCUUGUGCUUUUUCUCGGAAGUCAGCUGAUCGCCAAACACUGUGGAACCGUUCAUUCAUGUUUCCUUGAGACUUUCUUUAAAUGUCUGUUUCUGUUUCCGCCGAGGAGACGGCAACAAAAGUCCUAAACCGGACUUGUGAGACAUUGUGAGUAUUAAGUAUAAUCAUCCUCUUAUAAUUCAAUUCUACAUAUCAACAAGCUCCUACAUUCACACUGUGAACACACUGAUGAUGAUGACAGUUGCCUUUGAGUCGAGGAGGAAAAUCUGUGAAUGAAAAGUGAAGGCAGUUAAACCCCAACAGCUGUUCCCAGUGGACUGGACCGUGAUUGUAAUGGGCAGCUUCCUGGUACAAUAUGAACAUGAUUAUCCAUAUUUACUGGACACUUUAGAAGCCAGAGUUGAUUGUUCAACUGCUUUAAAAACGGACCUGAGAAUGUACAGAAGUUUUGAAUGUCCGAGGUUUGUUUUGUGUGGUUGAAAACGAUCACACAGCCAAGAGAGUUUAGGUCACUGGCGUCCUGCUGGAACAUCCCGCAACAAAAGCAUCUUCUGCCUUCUCCAGAUGAAAAACUCAAGAACUUGCCUUGAUGUUUUCUUUCCUUGGAAACUUCCAGGCCUCCAUAGUUGUGCUCGCCUAUAGAGCGCAAAAAGAAGAGCUCCGUCCUUCGUCCCGCCAGCUUCUCGUCGUCUUUGAGGUUGUCAGUAGCGACGUCUGACGCAGCAGACGAUGAGAUCAGGUGUCUCUGGGUCUUCAGAUGCCAAAGUUUGUUCAUGCUGUACUUUGCACUAAUGUAAUAAUCUACAUUAAACGUGCCAUAAUUUGCUCGUCCAGGAAAGCGUCUCCUCCACAGAUCAGUGUUUUGUUCUCUAAAACUGGAGCCAGGAGGAAGACGGGACUAUUUCCUUGAAGAGGUUUUGCAUCUUCUCCUUGUGUUUGUGUCCUCUGGGUUGUUUUUUUUUCUUUGGCCUCCACUCCAAAGACGAUACAGACCAGGUGAAUGGAGUCUCUAAAAUGACAGAUACUGUAGGUGUGAAUGUGUGCAAGUUGCUGCCUUUUAACGUUUCGUUAUUCCUGAAACGGACCGUUGAACCGUCCGUCGUGUUUUCCUGCCCCUUUUUUUUUUAGCGAUGAACUCCAGCCAACCGUGAAGACUCUGAACAGGAAAAAACCCUGUUCUUAAAGAAAAAAUGAAUGAACUGUGACGGAGUGACGUUCAACAGUGUAGUCCAGAUGACGACGUCUGUUGCGCACGUAGUAGUGAAACGUUUUCCACGUUUUGUCCACGGUGGACGGCGUUCACGGUAAACCGAUUUAAUUCGACUUUGAUUUUAACGAUUAGCAGAUGCAAGCUGUGAAAACACUUAAGCUAAGCUAAAACUGGUGAAUUUAAUUUCCUGUCAUGAGAAACUCUCUCUUCUUCUUCUUCUUUUAGAACGUGUGCAGCAGUCGUCCUCUGAACGCACACACACCAUCGUCCACCGUCACUCACACACACUUCAUUUUCUCUGGUUUCAGACUGAAUCCAGCAGGACGUUUGCAGGACUACACUCAUGUUUUUUUUUUGUUACUUGUUGAUAUGGAUUCACUGGUAUUUGGUUCAAGCUUUGAUUUUUUUUGUAUGUUAAAAGCACUUUGCUGCUUUUGAUGAACAAACUUUAUUUAUCUGCUCGUCCUUAUGGGAUCGUUCACUCCUCAAAUGGCCAAAAACACAUUUGUUGCUAUAAAACACUCAAUAUUUACUUUUAAGAAACAUGAAUCUGUGAAUCUAAAAUGUUUCCAGCUGUGAAUUUUACGUCCAAAAAAGCAGGUUUUAAAUCUGUGCCAACCUGCUAUUUCCACUUCACAUCCAAACAGUUACUGAAGAGGAUACAAAACAAUUCAAUCGCACCAAUAACAGAAAGUUCUUCGCCCAGAUGCACAGUAUCUACUGUAAGUGGGUUGUUUUUGCACUUUAGAGUAAAAAACAGUCUUUUUUUGAAUGUGUUUGCUCUGAAAAGGAUUACUAAAGGUGAUAAAGGUACUGUGGUCGCUGACAGUGGUGAUGAUUGUGAUAUAUUGUUGUUUUUAGUCACUGCAGGAGCCUUAUGUGAUAUUUCACCUUAUCAGAGAUCUGACUGAACAGGAUGUAGACUUACUAAACUUCUUGUGUUACUUUUACCAAAUCAUGUGAUCAGUAUUUGCUUUUAACUGUUGACAAUUUAAAGAGACAGUUUGUCUUUGAACAUCUUAUGUUUAAAAUAAUACUUCAAACAUGGCUGUGUCAACAAAUCUGAACUUUUUCAUGUUAAAGCUGUUAAUCCUC